GGUAUAUAUAGUCUGUGUAACUAUCAGAGUUCUCCUGGCAGCCAUCAUGAAGGGUACAGUCCUGAUCUGCUGUUUCCUCUCCCUGCUGCUUUUGCAGGCCACAGCAGAUGAAGAAGAAGACUUCAUCUCCGUCCUCAGAGACAGGUCUCACAUUGAUGAGACACUGCGACUUGCAACUGAGGAAAAAGCAAGAGACUAUGCAGCGGCUCUCGAGAGGUUGCGAAAGAUCUACCACACAUCCAUCAAGCCGAUGGAGCAGGCCUACAAGUACAAUGAGCUGAGGCAGCACGAGAUCUCAGCCUACCCCGGACGAACCCUGGGGGACUCAGCCACAGAUGGAGAGAUCACCUCCAAGCCCAUGGUGCUCUUCCUGGGACCCUGGAGUGUAGGAAAGUCCUCCAUGAUCAAUUACCUCCUGGGCCUGCAAGACAGCCCCUAUCAGCUUUACACAGGAGCUGAGCCUACUACCUCUGAGUUCACUGUUAUUAUGCACGGGGAAAAGAUCCGCUCUGUUGAGGGUAUUGUUAUGGCUGCUGACAGCUCAAGGUCCUUCUCUCCGCUGGAGAAGUUUGGCCAAAACUUCCUGGAAAAGCUGAUUGGUAUCGAGAUGCCCCACAAGCUGCUGGAACGUGUGACUUUUGUGGACACACCGGGAAUCAUUGAGAAUCGGAAACAGCAGGAAAGAGGCUAUCCUUUCAAUGAUGUUUGCCAGUGGUUCAUUGACCGUGCUGACCUGAUCUUUGUGGUGUUUGACCCCACCAAGCUGGACGUCGGCCUGGAGCUGGAGAUGCUCUUCCGACAGUUGAAGGGUCGUGAAUCCCAGAUCCGCAUCAUCUUAAACAAGGCUGACAAUCUGGCCACCCAGGACUUAAUGAGAGUUUAUGGAGCACUCUUUUGGAGCUUGGCUCCCCUGAUCAAUGUAACUGAACCCCCCCGCGUCUAUGUCAGCUCCUUCUGGCCGUAUGACUACGCACCUGACACCAGCCGUGAGCUCUUCAAGCGAGAGGAGAUUUCCCUCCUGGAGGAUCUGAACCAGGUGAUUGAAAACCGCAUGGAAAACAAAAUUGCUUUCAUCCGCCAGCAUGGCAUCCGUGUGCGCAUCCAUGGCCUGCUGGUAGACCGCUAUGUCCAGACCUUCAAAGAGAAGAUGAGCUUCUUCAGUGACCCUGAAUUAGUAUUCCAGGAGAUUGUGGACGACCCAGACAAGUUCUACAUCUUCAAAUCCAUCCUGGCCAAGACCAAUGUCAGCAAGUUUGACCUGCCCAACCGCGAUGCUUACCGUGACUUCUUUGGCAUCAACCCAGUCACCAACUUCAAGCCCCUGACGGCUCAGUGCUCCUACAUGGGGGGCUGUCUGCUGGAUAAGAUUGAGAGAGCAAUCACCAAUGAGCUGCCUGCCCUUCUGAGCAGCAUUAACUCUGGCAAGCAGCCUGGCCUGUCCUCCUGUGAGGCUACUGGCUGUGGUGAAAAGCCAAAGAAUCGCUACCGGAAGAACUGAGGAAAACAAAAUAACUUGAGUGGAGGAAGUAAGAAGAGAAGGGUCUUGUGGAAGCCAACCCUGGUUUUGUCAGAAUGCCUGUAUUGUUGAGGAGACAGAGGAGAGGAGAUUAGUGUUUAGUGUUAUUUCCUCAGGAGAAAAUGGGGAGGUGCAUUUUGGGACUUUGGGAAUGAGGCAGAUAGAGGGUGGGAAGGGUCAUUGUUUGAUAAGGCAGCUUAAGGACAGAAGUGCUGAAGAAAUGAGAAUAUGCUACUGAUGACUGGGUUUUGUUAAAAUACACGCCCUCCUCUCUCCCUUGCACAAUCACAGUGGACUAUCUGGGAUUUUGGAAAGUAAUGAUGUGAAGAAACACAAAUGGAAAACAAAGUAAGAUAAAAUAAAAAUUGAAAAUCCUGAGACUGAAACAGUCAAAUACCAGCUCCCUUGUAUGUGAAUAAAAUGGGAAAAGUGGAAAAAAGAGUUGCAAAUUUGUGUUGUAAAAUCUUGAGAAUUGCAUUGCAGAAAGUCAAUUCCAUAAGCUUCAGAAGCUGUUUUCGAAGUAGCCUUUUUUUUUGUGGGUGCUAUACAAAGCCAUUGUGUUUGGGUGGUGAUCCAAACCUUUUGCUUUUGAGGUAGAUAAACAUUAACAUUGCAUGUUAGACAUCACAUCUUAUUUAACAGAUGCAUGACUUUCCUUUUAACAUAAAGCUUAAGCAAUAUUUCCUCACGUUACUGAAACCAGAACCAAUCCUACCAUAUAAUGGAUAAGGCCUUUGUUUCUUAGUUUUAUACGCUCAUCGAUCCUGGUUGUUGACAACCUGUGAAACGGGCGCUGUGAUGGAAGCAGAGGUCAGGGCUCAAGGGCCAGAGUCUUCUGAGACAGGGAGGAUAUGUUCAUUCUGCUUCACUUCUUAACUGAUAUUGUUGUUUUUGUUUGUGUCUAUAAAUUUGCCAAUCUUUGGCAGACAUUCAAUACUGUAUUAAGGUUUUUUUUGUCCUUGAAUGAUAAGCUUCCCAGCCUUUUUAAGCUGACUGACCAGAAAAAAUAAGACAAGAAGGAUGUGUUUGGAUUAUAGUUGUCUUUAGCCAUUUCUUCUGCAGGUUAGAAAGCUAUUUAUUGAUUUUUCUGUGUAAACUUUCCAAAUGGGCAUUGAAGUAGGCUUUUGUAUGUGUCCUGAACCACCCUGAUAUAUAAUUUCACAAACCAGCGCUGCAAGAUUAUGAUAGUGGAUUUCUUAGCUUGCAAAAAGUGAGGUGGAGGUAAAGGUGAAAUGGAAGACUCGUGAGUUGACCCCUGACCUCUGUGGAAAGAAGGAAAUCCCAAAUACUAACCUUUACACCCACAACAGUUUUGCAGUUAUACUUGUCCUAGCCGCAAGUUCUUAUGUAUGCCUACCUCAAUGAACUAUCAGAGUAUGGUAUGGUAAAAAUGUUUAAAAUAGUUUGACAUUUUGGGAAAUAAGCUUAUUCGACACUGGACAAACACUUCCUUUCCUCCAGGAAGUCACCGCACCUGGCCAAAAAUAAUCCAGCACAUAACUUCUCCUAAAAGUGCAAUGUGUCGCUUUUACUCUGUGGUUUUUGUACAGAUUAAGCAAACAGGAUAUUGCUAAUUAGGAAGCUUCAGAGGUGCAGGUAGGUGGACUUUGUUAUUUUCAGACAGACUCGGGCAAACUGGUUCCCCCUGUUUCCAUUCUAAUCUAAGUUAAGUUUACCAGCUACUGGCUCUAGCUGCAUAUUUACUGACAUGAAAUUGGUACCAGCCUACCAAAAUGUCAAACUACAGCUUAAAACAGAGUCCCAAAUCAUUAGAUAAAGUAAAGUAAGCAGUUAUUACUACAGCACCAAAAAGGCACCACUUUACCCACAUUCAUGGGCAAGUGCACUUCCGGUUCCCUCUCUGUCCUCCAUCGCUAGCUCUGUAGCGCAAAAAUGUUAUUCCCAAAUAAAAUCUGAAGCAUAAUGAAAAAGAAAAGAGAGCUAACAAAAUGAAUCUCACAUUUGCUUAAUUUUCUGUUUUGUUUCGUUUGUUUGUUGUUUUUUUUUCUUUUGAGUGUGAGCGCUCCACUGGAUGUGUGUCAUGUUUACACUGCAGAUCCAGAAUAUGCCCACUAGAGAGUGCUGUGUCAAAGUGUAAAAAGUUAUACAGACAACUAACACUCAUCAUGGCAACAGUUUAUAGUGGGGUUAAAGCUCGGGCUCAAGACGUUGUGGGGGUUGUGCUUUUGGUAUAUUUCCGUAUCAGUGAUUUUACUUUACCUGUGAAUUAGAUCUGGAAUGGAUGUGUGUCCCAUUAAAGUAGCUUUUGAUUCACUUUUUUUGUUUUGGUAUGAUAAAUUAAUCUUGGCCCAAUUUUGGAAGCUUGAUCAUCAAGAAUAAAGAUUUCUGAUUGAC